GCGCUACUUGGGGCGUGGCCUAGAAAAGCGUCGGUGCCAUCAUGCUAGCUGAAGAAGUCCUGUGUAAGUAGCUUUGCGAACUCGUGUACUGAGCGUUUUGGUGUCUUGGCUUUUUUUAUGCGCGUAGUGUCAUUUUUUCCACAGUCACUGGGAAGUAAAAUGGAAACAGCAACUUGUGUUUGAGGACGGUGAUUUUUGCUUUCGAAAAGGACGUAGGACAGCGGUCUCGGUUUCCUAGCCUGUAAGCUAGCGCGGCCAUCACGACCAGAACAACACACACCAAGUCCACAAGUCGGCGUUUGGCAGUUGGACGUUUCUGCCACCAUCAUGGAGAAGGCUGAUUUCUUGAAAGGACUUCCUGUCUACAACAAGAGCAACUUCAGCAGGUUUCAUGCAGAUUCAGUUUGUAAAGCAUCUAACCGCAGGCCCUCCGUGUACCUACCAACACGCGAAUACCCCUCUGAACAGAUCAUUGUUACAGAAAAAACCAACAUUCUCCUGCGUUACCUCCACCAGCAGUGGGACAAAAAGAAUGCAGCAAAGAAAAGGGAACAGGAACAAGCUGAGGGUGACAGCCCGGCGCCCCCGAGGAAGAUCGCCAGGACAGAUAGCCAAGAGAUGAACGAGGACUCAUAAGUGCGCGUCCGAUUGUGUGUGUGUGUGUGUGUGUGUGUGUGUGUGUGGGUGGGUAUACAUGUGUGUUUGCAUCAAUAGGGUAUAGCCAAUAUAAGCAAAACCAUAGGAUAAUCCCUCCUGCAUGCAGACUUCCUGGUUUUUCCUGGACUAGAGCAGGAUGUCUUUCCUGGCAUGAAGUUAAGUCACUCCAGAGAGAAUUGCGGGAAAUUCCCACUCACAAAGCCGCCAUUUACAGUGUAUGAAAAUAACGUUGGUAGAAAUGAUCUCAAGUCGUGGAGGCGAAAUCAUUACUGGUGUUUUGAUUGUGUUGGCUCUUCCCCAUGUGGGCCAGUACACAUGUAUAUGUUUGUGUGCAUGCUGAGCUGUGAGUGCGGACUGCGAGUGGAUGGUAGGAUUAAGAUGAGACGGACUGGACAGAAAAUGUCAGACACUACUCUUAAAAAUGUAACUGGUACAAGACUCGUGUAGCCUCUCUGUCGUCCGGACAGUCUGUUCUGAUUUGUGAGUAUUUUGUUACUGUUUUAAUUUUAUUUUAUGAUGUUUUUGUUGUUGUUUGUAAAUGGCAAUGAGCUUCCUGCCAGCCACAGUGCCCACCAUCUCAGUUUCACUGCCCACUCUGCAACCACACGGGGGCAUUGCGACUUCUUUUCCACACUGUUUGAAUCGACAGAACCAAGAAUGCACUGUGAAGAACAGCACAAAGUAGAAGCGACUCUUCCGGACCCCCACCUUUUUAAACGUGUGGCUUCUUUUGUUUGUUUUAUGGUGAAUAUAUUAAUAUCUGUGUUCUAUCCUGGGACUCGUGCUUGUAGGAUUAAUGUUGUGUCGGCGUGGCUGAGAAGCAGCGUCACGUCUAGCACCUCCCUCUGGCUGAUCGAGGCGAGUAAGAAGGGGAUUCUCUCUCUUUAAGUUUUAGCAGAUCUUUCACCGAAAGAUGUGAAGAAAAAGAAAGAGCUGUUACGUCUUAAUAGGAAAAUACAGAAAUGUGAGAUUUCAUUUUUAGUCGCGCAACUUUGGCAACAGCACAGACACUAAAGAGAAAUGUCUAUAGUAGCGUGUGGGAAAGGGAAAAGAAUGCAUAACGUGUGUAAAUAGUUACAGUAGCUUAUCCGAUUUAGUAUCUGUGUGUCUGCCUUUUUGUAAAAGACUACAGAAUAAAGUAGAGAAGAGCCCCAGUGUCCAGUGGAUGUUAUCUUGCCUUGCAUGUUACUGUUUCAGUGGCUGGAUGUUAUAAUCCCGGACCAGAAAUAAAGUGUUUGGGGGGGGGAUUUUUGUGUGGAAGGUAUUAGCCGAGAGGCCUUAAGACUCGGAUCCAGCUCAGGGCCCGGGUCAGCGUUACUGCUCGUCUCAUCUUUGUGACAGCUCCGGAUGGUUUUUAUUUUA